CUCCCCAAAAUCUCACAUAAACCCUACACUAUCUCCCCCACUCUAUCUUACCAGUUUUCCACUCUUGUAAUCAAAAAACCCAGAGGAGAGAGAAUUAUAAUUUUAAUAAGAUGAUAAAGAGAAGAUUUUAUAGAGCUGAUCGUGGUGAUAGAGACGAUGCAUCUUCAUCUUCUUCAUCAGAUUCUGAGGUUGAAUCUCGGAGCUCCGAAGAUUCAGAAAAUGAACAUCCAAACCCAGAACCAGAAUCCGAACCCGAACCCGAACCCGUUUCUAAUGUUGAAGCUGACAGUGAUGAUGACGAUGAUGAUGAUGAUGAUAAUCGCUUUCCUUCAAAAAUUAAACAUCCUUCUUCAUCUACUUCUGGAUAUGAGAGUGAAGAUAGCUCUGGGAAUGAAAUUGAUGCUGAAUCCGCAGGUUUAUUUUCAGAUGAUGAUGACAGUGAUUCUGGGAAAGAUGGAGGCAAGCUUGAUGAGAGUCCCAUUUUAAAGGAAGAGAAUGGUGAACUAACCACACAAGCCAAAGAUCAGUCAGCCGUGGAUGAUCUUCCCCUAUGUGUUUUGAAAUGCAAAUCAGUCUAUAAAUGCAGGCUUUGUCCAAAAAUCGUCUGUCUGAAUGAAGAGAGUUUGAAGACUCACCUCAAAUCCAAGAGACAUUCAAGAUCGGAGAAAUUAUUGAGUAAUGGAAGGUUAAAGUGUAUUCUCAAUAGUGAUGGGGAGGAAGAAGUAAUCUCUGACGAUGAUCGUGAGACUCAUGCAGAAAGGCAUGCAAGAAUUAUUGCUUUGGCACAGGAGCCAACUAAAAUUAAAAACAAAGGGUUAGGGCGGCAACGACAAAGGCUCCGGUUAAAAAAGAAGAAGCAGGAGAAUUCUGCUAAUAUACCAAAGUCUGGACAACAGAAGGAAAACCGUGCUAAGAGGAGGAGAAAAAAUGUGGAUUAAUUUACUGUCUCAGUUUUGUUAUCAACUCUUUUUUCUUGAGUCGAAUGCAUUUUAUGUGCCAGAAUGACCUUUGAAAGCAAGUUUUAUACUUGGGGAUGGGUGCAAUGUUUUAUAACCUAGACUGUAGUGAAGGAUGUAUACUUGAACAAUUCUCUACUAUUAUAUACAGAACUUUAGCCACUCUCAGGUUAAUUUGGCUGGAAA